AAAUGGCGGCGCGAUAAUCUGUGUUUUGAAACGUUUCGUUGAACGCAAUCGCGGCCUGAGCGCACGUUGACAAUGGAUAUCUCUAGUAUGCUCGAGGUGCAGGUGAACGAGGUGAAGGAGGUGGACAGCAAAGAAAACGUGACUCCCAGGGUUCUGCUUCCGAGCACCACACAUACCUCAUUACCGAUUUCCCCGGAGGAAAGCAAUUAUUAUAAACUCGUGUUCGGCAGUGAUGUUUCUAAUGUACGAUUUCAAAAACUACAUUGCACGGCAUGUGAUAUACACAUUGGAUCAGCACCAGCGGAUGUUGGUAAUAUGUUUGAGCAUCCUGUGCUGCGUACGUUAUUGUGUUCCAAAUGUCGUGAAUUUUAUGGAGAUGGCACCUUCGAGCAAGGCGACGAUGCCACGGAUAUGUUUUGUAGAUGGUGCGCGAAUGGCGGCAAUUUGUAUUGUUGUUCGUUUUGCAGCAACACGUUUUGUUGCAAAUGUAUUAAGAGAAAUAUCGAUCCCGUAUUGAGGAAAAAGAUCGAGGCGGACGAAAAGUGGAAAUGCUUCGUUUGCGACCCCAAGGACUUGUAUCCCGCAAGAGCAAUUUGCUGGGCUUUACUCGAAUACGUUCAAAGAAUGAACAGAUUGCUGCAGCACAAUUGCAAGUUCACCCCGCAGGAAGUGGAGGAGAAACUGAGUUUAGACGAGUCGAAUUGUUGCGCGCGUAGAAGAAAACGGAAGCGUCGAAGAACCGGUUCGAAUUCGGAGGAAGAGGACGAAACGUAUAUACCGAAACCGAUAGCGCCGCCCGUAGUGACGAAACGUAGAAGAAGGGGUCGCGGCAGAGGUCGGUAUUCGAACGGUAGCAAUAUAUCGAUGUCCACUAGUAGAUCGUACGGCGCCGCAUCGGAAGACAGCUCGAUAGAUCACACCGAGAUACUGCCGUCGUUGCUCUCGUGCGAGCAAACGAUGGUCGAGUGCGAGAACGCGACCGUGAACACGGACGGUACGAUCAUCUCUCAGACUCCGCAAAACUCUUUGCCAUCCAGAGGGGAAACCAGCGUGGUUCAGCCACCGUUGUACAACACGUUCAUGAACAUGGUAUCGAGCUCGAAUUUCAUAACGCCCGCGGCCCCGGUAUUACCUAUACGCCACGUACCGAGUCCUAUAAAUCAAAUGACACCGGUGACACCGAUGACCCCUAUAAACUCAAUUAAUCAAAUGGGACAGAUGAAUCAGUUGAAUCCUUUGAAUCCGAUAAAUCUGUACCAGGCGAUGCAUUGCACGUCCACGCCCAUGGUGACCAUACCGAAUCAGAGCGCCGACAUGAUGAAACGGUUGCGUUUCUCGUUGCCGGAGCCCCAGGUACCGCCGCCGGUGUCGACCAGCCCGAGCGUGAUCGAGAUCGACAGCGAUUCCGAGGACGUGGCGGUGGUCGGUCCCUCCCGUAAUUCGCGUUCCUUCAAGGAUCACGUCGACAACAAUAAAGCCGUGCCCGUGGCGCUGGUGAGCUCGAAAAAUAGUCACAGCGGUGGUUUCAGGAAGCUAGAACCGCCAGCGGAGAGGCGUUACGCGAAAACCCUUAACCAGAGGCUGCUACCUCACGGUCAAGAGGUGGACAAUAUCCUGAUAAACCUUAAGCUCAAGCUUCAGGGGCUGUUCGAGUCGUCGAAGCAGGAGGAGCUGAAGAAGUACGAGCUGAACGACGCGCGCGUCAUGAUCAAGCAGUUUCAUCGCGAGAUACGCGACACGGUCAGCCAGCUGGCGUGUAUCAACGACAGAAUAGUGCGCGAGUACAAUCGGUGGAAAAGGUACCAGCUGAAGACUGGCGCCACCCAAACCGGUGACAGCAACAACGCCGCGAAGGACGCGAAGAACGAAGACAUUACUCUGGAGAUGGUAUGCGUGAACGAGUCGGACCCGGAGACCGAGAACAACAGCGAGCCGGAGAACAGCUUCAUAAAACCGUCGGAGUUCGUCGGUACCACGAACGUGGUCGGGGGUAUAAAGUCGUUUAAGAAACGGAUCACCGUAUCGCGAGCCGUGGGCGAGGAUCCGGCGUUGUUGGUGGACAAGUCUGUGCAGAUAUACGACGUCGAGUUACGCGAUUACGAUAAGUGCAUAAGACAAUCGUCGUUGCAGAAGUCUGAAGAGACGUCCGAGACGCGGGACGACGCGUCGACGUCCGCCGGUAACGGGGACAACAAACAGUCCGACAAUUACGAGGAACAGUUUAUUAAUUACCUGCAGACGCGCACGGAGUUCGAGAUCGUUCAGUCGGACGAGUCCAAGGACCUGCCCGAUCCGAACGAGACGCCUUUGAAGGAUCUGAUAGAGGCGAACUCGCCGUUCAUUUCGGAGAUGCUGGAGACCAUGGACAAAUCGGUCGCCGCCUCGCACGAUACUAAUAGUUUAAACGACGCGAACAAGGAGGACAGCGACUCGAAAUCUCCGAAGCCGCAGGAAACGAACUCGGUCGUCGACGUGGCCGAGGACGAUUUCGUGAAAAUGGUCAACGACAUGACGAAUAAUUUAGAUAAGAAGAAAAAUUUAAAGAGCCCCCCGCCCGCGAUCGUUAGUGACACGCAGAAGGAAAGUAAAUCGAAAGGUACGCGUUUUUCUACUAGUGAUAAAAUUGGUGCGGCGAACGUAUCGCAGGAUAAAGAGGACAAGCAGGAUUCGAGCAGGAGUAACAAUUGCAACGCGAUAAACUCGGAUAGUAAUAUAGAGGACGAGUGUACCAUCAUCGACGAUUAAUGAAACGACGAUCGUCGAUGAAUGUCGCGAGUUUAAUUAGAACUGAUAGGCGUCGCAGCGAAAGGAUCGCUAAUUAAAUAGAAGCCGAGAUCGUUACCGACACAAACGUUUGUCGUAAUCAUUCAUUGUAUGCUUAGUUUUGUUGUUUCUAGGACUAUUUGGCUGCAAUGCGUUUUUUUAAAUUUCUGUGUGUAUGACGAAUAGAAAGAACCGGUAUAAUAGCGCAUUAAUUCAUAACGAGCAACCAGGGACUUCAUACCGAUGUUGUUAUAAGAAAACUAUACUUCUAGGAUACACACUAAAUUCCAUAGAUUCUUUAUUGUGUUGUGUUUGUCUCGUUUCAAGAUUGACCGUCCGAUAUAUUCUGUUUUCCGUUGCGACAGUGGCGAAUUUAACGAAGCGAGUGGAUAGAUAAAUCAUUCUUUUUAUCUGCGUCGUGUUUUAUCCAUGCUCAGUCGGACUAACAAAGUGACAAGUCUAUGUUCAAUUGAACAAGAUUAUUAAG